CCACUGAAAGUAAUGGACUACACAUACGAUGACGAUUUGGAAGAGCUGUGUCCAGUUUGUGGAGAUAAAGUUUCUGGGUACCACUAUGGACUACUGACCUGUGAGAGUUGUAAGGGCUUUUUCAAGAGAACAGUUCAGAAUAAUAAGAGAUACACGUGCGCAGAAAACCAGGACUGUAAAAUUGACAAAACUCAAAGGAAAAGAUGUCCCUUUUGUCGAUUUCAGAAAUGCCUCAGUGUUGGAAUGAGACUAGAAGCGGUCCGCGCUGACCGUAUGAGAGGGGGCAGGAAUAAAUUUGGCCCCAUGUACAAGCGCGACCGAGCGCUGAAGCAGCAGAAGAAGGCUUUGAUACGGGCCAAUGGCUUCAAGCUGGAGGCCACCCCUCCGAUGGUGUCCCCACCUCAGACUGACUAUGGCUUCACGGGCACCCUCCAGGGACUCCACCCGGGCUCGAAGGGCCUUCUGCCCUCCACCCCUGCCUCCAUCACCCCCACAGACUACGACCGCAGCCCCUAUGGUCCCCCGUCGCUCGGCCUGACCGUGCAGAGCCACGGUCCCCUGGCCGGCCAGUACCAGUACAGCCCUUUCCCCAGCCGGGCCAUCAAGUCCGAGUACCCCGACCACUACACAAGCUCGCCCGAGUCGCUGACUGGGUACCCGUACCCGGACGCCUACCUGCAGGGGUCCCCGCAGCCGGCCAGCGUGCCCCAGCUGGUGCUGGAGUUCCUCCGCUGCGACCCGGAUGAGCUGCAGGUGCAGAACAAGAUCCUGGCCUACCUGCAGCAGGAGCAGAGCGGCCGCGCCAAGCACGAGAAGCUCAACACGUUCGGCCUCAUGUGCCGCAUGGCUGACCAGACACUGUUCUCCAUUGUGGAGUGGGCCCGGAGCUGCAUCUUCUUCAAAGAGCUCAAGGUGGGGGAUCAGAUGAAGCUGCUGCAUAACUGCUGGAGCGAGUUGCUGGUGCUGGACCACAUCUUCAGACAGGUGCAGCACGGCAAGGAGGCCAGCCUGCUCCUGGUCACUGGGCAGGAGAUGGAGAUAGCAUCCAUCACAUCCCAGGCUGGAGCCACGCUGAACAGCCUGGUUCUGAGAGGGCAAGACCUGGUCGGGAAGCUGCAGUCCCUGCAGGUGGAUAGACGAGAGAUUGCCUGCUUCAAAUUCCUCAUCCUUUUUAACCCUGACGUGAAGCUGCUGGAGAACCAGCAGUUUGUGGAGAGUGUGCAGGAGCAGGUGAACGCGGCCCUGCUGGAGUACACGCUGUGCAGCUACCCGCAGUUCCUGGACAAGUUCGGGCAGCUGCUGCAGCGGCUGCCGGAGCUGCGCAGUCUGAGCUCGCAGGCCGAGGAUUACCUGUGCUACAAGCACCUGAGCGGCGAGGUGCCCUGCAACAACCUGCUCAUCGAGAUGCUGCACGCCAAGCGGGCCUGCGGGUGA